CUUUCCUUUCACAGUGCCCAAUUGUUGAUGACAACGUCAUCUUGUUCCCAGUUUGAUGAUUUCCCACUUUGAUGAUUAUUCGUGAUUAUCCUAGGACAAGAAAUGCACCGCCUUCAACUCGACCAAAAUCCUACUGAAGGCAAACGACGCUUGUGUCAAAACCCAUCAACCACUGCCAGAAGGCGCUGCUCGUUCAGUUCCCAAUUUCCCGGCUGCCAUCAACACCAACUGACCGCAUGUGUAUCGUCGCCAAGCCCGCCGUGAUUGUCGUGGACCCCGUGUCGACGGGGCUGCAUGUGGCCCGUGAAGUCCUCGCUCGCGGCUUCCAGCUCAUUGUUCUCCACAGCUCGGAUGCCGACAAACCAGCGUGCAUUGCCAACAUGCCAGCCGACGUCGCGACUCAUGCUGUUGCCGAGAUCCAUCAUCACGGUACUACCCUUUCUGCAGUGCCCCAUGAUCACCAAUCUGUAGACAUGGACAGCACGUUGCAUGCCCUGAAGGCCCACGUCGUGGGGGGGGUGCUCGCAGGAUGCGAAACGGGAGUGACGCUGGCAGACCACUUGUCGGAUCGACUAGGGUUGACCACGAACGGCGCGUCGGGGGCGGUCGCCCGCCGAAACAAGUAUGCGAUGGGCGAGUGCAUUCGUAACGCCGGCCUCCGCGCCGUCAAGCAAUGUGCGGCGACGUCGUGGAAUUCGAUUGUGGACUUUAUCGAGCACGAUCUCAAGCCCGUGCCGUUUCAGGUGAUUGUGAAGCCCGUCGAGAGCGCCGGCGGGGACGAUGUGUUUCUCUGUCGGUCCAUGACCGAGGUCAAGGACGCGUUCGACCACAUUCAGGGCCAUGUGAACCAGCUCGGCAUGACCAAUAUGGCGACGCUGGUGCAGGAGUACUUGGUCGGUACGGAAUACGUGGUCGACACAGUCACCCGCCACGGCGUGCAUAAGGUCGUGGCAAUGUGGGAGUACGAGAAGGGGCCGGCCAACGACGCGCCCUUCGUCUACUUCGCCGUCCGCCUCGUGGAAGCGACGUCGCCGAAACACAAGACCAUCAUGGAGUAUACGCUCAAGGUGCUUGACGCUCUGCAUAUUCGCCACGGACCCGCCCACGCCGAAGUCAUGUGGCAGCCCCAUGAGCAGGCGCCGUGUCUGGUCGAAGUCGGCGCGCGGUGUCAUGGCAAUGGAGGAUACUUUGUGCCGACGGUCGACCGCUGCCUCGGCUACAACCAAGUGCGCGCCACGGUGGACUGUUACUUUGACCCGACCGCAUUCGCGUCGCUGCCUCCGUUUCCGGGCAAGUUGCUCGCCCACGGCUGCGAAGUGCCCCUCGUGUCGUACGACGAGGGGGUGAUCGAGACGUGCCCCGGCGUGAACGCUGUCGCAUCCCUGGCGUCGUUUCAAUGCGCGUACUGGAGCGUCGGGGUCGGCAGCCGACUUGUGCGCACCAUCGACGUGUUCACCAAGCCGUGCAGUGUGUGGCUGCUUCAUGCAUCCAAAAACGUGAUGGAGGCAGACGUGAAGCGGCUUCGUAAGCUCGAACGCAACCGAGGCCUAUGGACCGUCCAAGGCGAAGCGGUCGGGAUGUGUCCACCACCCCCACCAUACUAAGCACAUGUUGUGUGGAUUACAAUUGCAUGUGUUUUCGAUAUUAAACGUGGCCCCACUGUGUGGGUCGACUGCCAACUCUAUAUUCUAUACCACGCCCAGUGAAUCAACGAUACUAGUUCGAAAAUGAAGUAGUAAUUGUCAAGGCCAAUUUGGACUUUCCAGUAAAAUCGAAUGAAGUAGGGUAAUAAUAUUGUAAUAGUUCAG